AUGGAGCAGAGGAUGAGGAGGAAGAAGACGGAGAUGAGCAUGAGGAGGAAGAGGAUGGAGCAGCAGUUUACUCCGGAGAGGAAGGAGAUGGAGGAGGAGUUGUCGAAGAUGAGCAUAAUGAGGGAGAUGGAGGAGCAGUUCGCGUUGGAGAGGGACAAGAAGGUGCAUGAGUUGGCUUCUAUAACUACGAUGACACAGGAGGGGGAGAAGAAAAAGAUGGUGCACGACACUCUCUUGUUGACGCGGUUCAUGCUGAUUGAUGAGCAUUAUGAUGUUCGCGUUGAAGGAAGGGAGAUCAUAUAUAAACUUAGCAAGGCGGCUGGUUUGUCUGUUAUGGUUGAUGCUUUGCUUAGCAAUGUGCACAGCGUUGAUGAAUCUGACAGGAUCAUCGAUGUUCAGUGUUUUUGCAUUGUUGCAUCUGCGCUUGGUGUUGCUGGUCUGUUGCCGUUCCUGAGAGAAGUUUGUGACAGCGCGAAGUCUUGGCAGGCUCGUCAUACAGGUAGUAUGAUUGUUCAUCAGAUGACGAUUUUUGUUGGUCGUGCUGUUGUUCCACAUUUGAGGUCGUUGGUGGAAACUAUUGGACGUGGUCUCAACGAUGAUAUCAAGAAGGUCAGGACAACUACAGCUCUUGCUCUCGCGGUUCUUGCUCAAGUUGCUGCACCGAAUGACAUUAAUAGUUUUGAUUCUGUUCUGAAGCCCUUAUGGAAGGGUGUCAGAUCACAUCGUGGCGAUGAUCUGGCUACCUUCUUAAAGGCUAUAGGCUUUAUCAUUCCGCUCAUGAAUGCUGUCGACGCCAGCUACUACACCAGAGAAGUUAUGGUGGUUCUUAUUCGUGAGUUUCAAUCACCUGACGUAGAUGUGAAGGUUUUGAAGCAGUGCAUGAGUACAGAAGGCGUGGAGCCAGAUUACCUCCCCGAGUUCUUCAGUAACUUUUCGUUUAGAAGAAGGUUUUUGGACCACAGAAACUACAAGCAACUUGUCGAAACCACUGUGGCGAUGGCACGCAAAGUUGGUGUUGCUGAUAUAGUUGCGCGAAUCGCUCAAGACUUGAAAGAUGAGAGUGAUGUACUAUACAAGAUAAUGGUCAUCAAGACUAUUGAGAAGGAGUCUCCAAUGAAGUAA